UAACCUUACACAGAAUUAAAAAACGAAGAAGACCCAUCAAGAAACAAGAACAAAGAUCGAAACUUUUCCAAAAAAAUCCAACAAAAAUGGCUCCAACAAUGGCGACCCAGUUCUCGGAUCCAGCGAAAGUGACAGACUUUGUCGUGAAGAAGGGGAACGGAGUGAAGGGUCUGUCCGAAACCGGCAUCAAGGCACUUCCUGAUCAGUACAUUCAGCCUUUGGAAGAGCGACUCAUCAACCAGUUCGUCAAGUUGACGGACGAAUCCAUCCCCGUGAUCGAUAUGUCGGAUUCCGACCAGACAAACGUCGCGAAAGCCGUGUGCGAUGCUGCAGAGAAAUGGGGAUUCUUUCAGGUGGUUAACCACGGAGUUCCUCUAGAGGUUCUGGAGAGUGUGAAAAUGGCGACACACAGAUUUUUCGGGUUGCCGGUGGAAGAGAAGAGGAAGUUCUUGGCGGAAAAUUCGCCGUCCAGGACCGUACGUUUCGGGACGAGUUUCAGCCCGCAUGCCGAGAAAGCUCUCGAGUGGAAAGAUUACCUCAGUCUCUUCUUCGUCUCCGAAGCCGAGGCCUCCCAGUUCUGGCCCCACGUCUGCAGGGAUGAAGCGCUGGAGUACAUGAACGAGACGAAGAAUCUGGUGAGGAAGAUUCUAGAGAUGUUGGUGAAGAAACUGAACGUGAAAGAGAUGGAGUCGUCGAUGUUCAUGGGAUCGAUACGUGUGAACCUUAACUAUUACCCAAUCUGUCCAAACCCUGACCUCACCGUCGGUGUCGGUCGCCAUUCCGACGUCUCCUCCCUCACCAUUCUCUUGCAGGACGAUAUCGGCGGCCUCCACGUCCGCUCCCUCGCAACUGGAAACUGGGUACACGUGGCACCAAUCCCGGGAUCUCUGGUGAUAAACAUCGGAGACGCGAUGCAGAUAAUGAGCAAUGGCAGGUACAAGAGCGUGGAGCAUCGAGUCCUCGCCAAUGGCGGCAAGAACAGGAUCUCUGUCCCGAUCUUCGUCAACCCUAAGCCUAGCUCCAUGAUCGGACCUCUGUCGGAACUCAUCUCCGGCGGCGGAGGAGAGGAACCGCUGUACAAGAAUGUUCUCUACUCCGACUACGUUAGGCAUUUCUUCAAGAAAGCUCAUGACGGCAAGAAAACUGUCGACUUCGCCAAAAUAUGAUUGGCCGUUUUUCCGUUGCUUCCCUCUCUCUCUCUCUCUAACUGUUGUUCUCAUGGUUUUACUGUGGCCCAUCUUCCUUUACUCUCUUGUUAUUUUUCCCUGUGUAUUGUGUGUGUGAAUAAAACAUGGAAGAGAUGAGAAGUUCAUGUCUUGUAAUUGAAAGAUCGGUGGUUUCUGUUCGGAAUAAAGCAAGAAAAGUUCAAGAAGCUA